AUGGCUUCCGCGACCACCGCCACUGCCGAAUCUCACAGUUCCACUCACACGCCCAAGAUUGAGGACGCAGCAGCGAAACAAGGCUCCGUCUACUCGCUCGGCUACAACUCCGCCGAACGCCAACGCCUCAUCGAGCAACACGACGCCCUCACCACCCUCUUCGGCGAACCACCCCUCUGCCCACUGGACCCCUCCAAAAUCCGCAAAGUCGUCGACAUCGGCUGCGGCGUCAACGCCUCCAACUCCCUCCUCUUCGCCCAAAAGUUCCCCAACGCCCAAGUCUACGGCAUCGACCUCAGUCCCGUCUCCAUCGACAACAAACCCUCCAACCUCACCUUCAUCGAGGGCAACGUCCUCCACCUCCUCGGCAAAGAUGAACGUCUCGCUCCGGGAACCGUCGAUCUGGUCUACUCCCGCCUCCUCAUCGCCGGCAUGACCGACUGGCGCGGCUACAUGACUUCCGUCUCCCAUCUCCUCGCUCCCGGCGGAUGGCUCGAAAUGCACGACAUCGCGGGCUUGACGUACCACCUCGGCGACGACCCGCGGCCGUUGACGGACGACUGGGAGUGGUAUUCGUAUGUGCUCAAGCAGAUGAUGGGACCGAUGAAAUUGGACUUGGGCACGUUUAAUCACGCGGAUGAGAUCAUGCGGGAUGAGUUGGGACUGGUGGGGUGUGAGAAGAAGACGCUGAGGAUUCCGAGGGGUCCGGAUGAGGACAUGGAGGAGGGGAAGAGGGACGCUGCGAGGGUGAUUCGCAAUGGGUGGAGGGAUGUGUUGGUUAGGAUGGUGGAGACGGCGACGAAGGAUGUGGAGGAGGAGAAGGCGAGGGAGGUGAGGGAGCAAGUGGAAGAGACGUUGGAGCCGAGGGAGGGGAUGUGGAGUCCCAUCGCAAGAUUGAACGCCAUGGCAAACAACCCAAACGACAACGACGACACAGCAGCCAAACAAGGCUCCGUCUACUCCCUCGCCUACAACUCAACCGAACGCUCCCGCCUCCUCGCCCAAGACGCCGCCUUCCUCGCCCUCCUCGGCACCCCACCCCUCUCCUCUCAUGUCAAACCCUCUCGCAUCCACAAAAUCAUCGACAUAGGCUGCGGAGGGAAUAUUCUCCAUCUCCUCGCGGAUGGGAAGGAUGAGAGAUUGAAGGAGGGAAGUUUUGAUCUGGUAUUUUCAAGACUGCUGAUUAGUGGAAUGCAGGAUUGGAAAGGGUAUAUUGAGGCUGUAGCGAAACUGCUUAAGCCGGGUGGGGUGUUGGAGAUGCAGGAUAUUGCGGAGUGGGAAUUUUACUUGGGGGAUGUUCCUAGCUCCUCUUCUUCCUCGACGAUGAAACCGAUAUCCCAGACAGAAAACUGGCAAUGGCCACGUUUCGCUCUCGAGAAAAUGACAGCUCCCCCUUCCCGCGGAGGACAGGGUUUGGACAUGGGGACUUUCAACCGCGCGGACGAAAUUUUGAGGGAGGUGGGGUUGGAGGGUGUUGAGAAGAGGCUGGUUGGAUUGCCUUGUGAUGUGGAGUUGAAGGGUUUUGAGGAGGGGAAGAGGGACGUGCUGAGGGAGGGGAGGAAGGCGUGGAGGGCGGCGAUUUUGAAGAUGAUGGGUGGGAUGUUGGAGGGGGAUGGGAGGAAGGAGGAGAUGAUGGGGGAGGUGGAGAGGACGACGGAGGCGAGGGAGGGGAUGUGGUUUCCUUUUGUGGUGGUUUGGGGGAGGAGGCCUGAGUGA